AGAAUGGCUACCCAACGUUAUGUUUGAAUAUAUCAUUUUUUAAUUAUUAGGUUAGGGUUUAAUGUGAUAUAGAUAUACUUGGAAGAUGAUAGCAAUUACAUUUCUAGUUUUGUGGAUGUGUCACACAAUGUCGACAUUGGGUGAAUUAAUGACAUACCAGAUGGAAGACUUGUGUAGCAAGACAGUCGGAGAGUCGUCCACGGCGGGCAAACUUAGCUUCGACUUUUCACAGCCCAGACUCACGACAGGUUCUGAGUGUUCUGUGACCGUGCGACCAAACCUGACAGCCCGGCGAGAUGGGAGCACCAGUAAAGUGAUGUUCUACUUCACAGAGUUUGAGCUGGAAUCGUUCUGCACCGAAAACAAUCUGACACUUGGCGAUGCAUACUCGAUAGUUCCUGGUACCCAGAAGGAAAUGUGCGGCAAAAACGACACGCUGUUGAAAUCCUUCUUCUCCACGUACUCAGACCACUUCCGGGUUGUGUUCAGGUGGAACAAGUACGGGGCAAGAUUCAGGAACGCCAAGUUUACCUUGAAAUACAUUUCAUAUUACGAUGGUCCUUGUGUCGACGACGGACAAUCAAGAAAAUGUGAUUUGAGCGAAAGAUGUGUGCCAACAGAGUUUUACUGCUCGCUGGGCGAGGACCUUCACGAGUGCGGGUACACAGACGAGGCCGAGUGCCAUGUCUCGGAGGUGGGGGAAUUGACGUGGUGGGGUAGCUUAAUAAAUCAAAUGAAGAACGUGGGAAUAGUUAUAGCUGUAGUGAUAGCCGUAUAUUUCGUCUUUCGCGUACUGCGAGCCUUACGGAAUCAUGGCUUUUUCAAAAAUUGUGAAACGAUUGACAAAAUGCUUGCUUCUACACCCAGACGAUCACGGCAGAAUGAGACUGGAACGACCGCAGCAGCGACUGAUGCAAGUAGAAAUGCUUUAACAGUCGACAAUGUUUCUAGAAGGAACUCAAGUGCAAGUGGUAAUUCGUCCGAAGAGAAUGGUAUUCCAUCUAUAGAACGAUCGCAUCUGAUAAUUCGAAAUGAUAUUGUGUUGAACUUUGACAGCACGGGGCCGAACCGGAACUUCCUUACUCCACCGGAACGGUCCGCCCCUUUACCUAGUGUUGCCCCGCCAUCAUACGACGAGGUCAUGAGGUAUCCUUACUGGCGGUCCAUGAAAGACAAAUACCCACCACCACCAUACUGCGCUUGAAUGGUUGUAGUUAGAGUAUUACAUUUGUCACGCCGUUCAAUAACGAAAAUUGUGUUUAUGCUUUGAAAGUUCUUGCCGAAAAUGACUCUAUGAAUUUGUUUUUUGAAAAGGGUAUGUGACUUUGAUUUAUUAGUACGCGGAAGAUGUACUCAUUCAUGUUUUUGUUGAUAUUGUUUUAUUACACUUAUACUUAAGCAUUUGAACAUGUGCACAUUAUUUGCUAAGAAUGUUACACUUUAGUUUGUGUAUUUUUAUAUGUUCAUUUAUAUCACAAUACUUUUAAGCGUCUGUUCAUUGUAAUAAAGUGUUUUAACUUGCACAUACACCUGCAAAGAAAUAAAAGUUGUCAAACAUUAUAAUGACCAUUUAAAGAGUUUUAAAGGGCAUUUUAGGUUUU